UAAAGUAGUAUGGUAAUUGAUAUCAUUUGAAAUCAUAUGAAAAAUAUUUUGAAAUAAAUCGAAUGAACUGAGAAUAAUUUUGACAAAACAAUUGCUGAAUUUUAGAGUAACUGAAAUAAACUAUUUGAUGGACUGUCAAUAUCUUUUAGUACAAUUUAAAUUAACUGUUGGUGGAUUUAUGUAAAUAAUUUUAUUUGAACUUUUAAAUAUUGAAUGGCUUGUACUUAGCAGGUCUAAUUUGCAAGAUAGCAAUAUGAUACGAUUAUCUACUCCAGGCGUUACUACAUUAGCCAAACAGCUCAACAAACUAACAUUUUCUGUUGGUGUUCAGCAAGUUAGGACUAUUAAAAAUCCCCAAAAUUUACCUUUACAACCUGUACCAAAAUUGUCAGACACAGUAGAAAAAUAUCUUAAAAGUGUUGCACCACUUUUAAGUCCCAGAGAACUAUGCCAAACUGAAUUGGUUUUACAAGAUUUUUGCUGUCCAAAUGGAUUGGGAGAACAACUUCAAACGCUUCUUGAAGAAAAGCAAAAAUGUUCUGAAAAUUGGCUUUUGGACUGGUGGCUUGAAAUAGCUUAUUUAGGAUAUAGAGCUCCUGUUGUUGUACAUUCCAGUCCAGGACAAGUUUUUCCACUUCAGACAUUUUGCAGUGAAACUGCUUGGCUCAAUUAUGCUGCCCAAAUUAUUGCAGGAGCAGCAAGUUACAAAACAAUUAUUGAUAAGAAACAGUUACCUGAAGAAAAAAUGGGUAAUGAUCCUUUGGAUAUGAACCAAUACAAUCUAAUCUUUGGAACUUGUCGGGUACCACUCCCGAAUAAAGAUAGCUUACAAUACAAUUCCGAUUCAAAGCAUAUUGUUGUGUGCCAUAAUAAUCAAUUUUAUCAAGUACAGCUUUUUGAUACAAAAGAAUGUAAUAUGCCAAGUGUAAAACAGCUGGUUACUGUUUUAAAGCAGAUUGUGGACAAAUCAAGGUGUAUGGAUGACCCAGUUGGUAUAUUAUCAGGGGCAGAUAGAGACUCUUGGGCAAAAGCAUAUCAGAAUUUAGUAUCAGUUGAGUACAACAGAUGUUCUAUUGCUCAGAUUCAAAAAUCCCUAUUUGUGGUUUGCUUGGAUCAGUGUGUUUGUCCUGAUGGGCAGGAGAGUAGAAAAACUCUUGCAGGGAAACAACUAAUUCAUGGAGGUGGACCUAAUUAUAAUGCUGGUAAUCGUUGGUUUGAUAAAACAAUUCAGUUUGUAAUAUCAAAAGAUGGUAUAUGUGGCUUAACAUAUGAACAUUCUCCAAGUGAGGGGCAACCUGUAGCUAAUAUGGUUGAUUAUAUCAAUAUAUUUAUAGAGAAAGAGGAAGCAAAAAAGAUACCAGACAAUUUAAAUCUAGGCUGUGAAGUGGUUAAACUUCCCUUUACCUUAAAUGAUACAGAUCGACUGAAUAUAGCAAACGCACAAUGUCAGUUAUUUGGAUUGGCAACUGGAUUGGAUUUAUGUGUUCUCACUUUUACUGCUUAUGGUAAAAAUUUUAUAAAGAAACAAAAAUUAAGCCCAGAUAGUUAUCUUCAAAUGGCUUUUCAGUAUACAUACUUCAGAAUGUAUGGCAGAAUUCCUCCCCAAUAUGAAUCAGCAGCAUUAAGAAAAUUCCUUCAUGGUAGAACGGAAACUAUUCGUUCUUGUUCUUCUGAAUCUUUGAAUUUUGCAUGCACGAUGUGCAGUAACGCCCCCGACCCGGUGAAAGCUAAAGCAUUAAGAAGUGCAAUAGAUGGACACAAGAAGUACACUGUUGACGCUUUAAAUGGAUUUGGUGUGGAUCGUCAUCUUCUUGGUUUACGGAUGAUAGCCAAGCAAAAUUGUUACCCAUCACCUUAUAUAUUUGAAGAUGUAUCAUUCAAACGGAGCACUGAUUUUCUAAUAACUUCUAGCCAGGUGGCAACUAAAUGUGACGGGUUUAUGUGCUAUGGACCAACAUCCUUUUAUGGUUAUGGAUGUUGUUAUAAUCCUAGAGAUGAUGAUAUGAACAUUGCAGUUUCAUGUUUUCAAGCACCUCAAAGCACCAACGCGGAACAGUUUGCUUAUACAUUAGAUUGUUGCUUAAGAGAUAUGAAACAGGUUCUAGAUAAUUCUGGACAAUCAAAACUUUAAAAUUGUCACUAGUAUAUAUUAAUUUGAAGUUGUCACAUAAUUUUUAACUAGUUUCAUCAAAUGUCUUCCACCGAGUUGUUAUAUAUACACUUAUGUCUAUACA